GAAAAUUCCCACUAGGAAUAUGAACGAACUUGAAAUCAUGAAGAUGCUCGUGAGGGAGAAAGACAGUUACUUCUAUGAAGGACCCAGGUAUUCAGAACAAAGAGAGAAAGAGGAAGUAAUGAGCAUGAAGGUAAAUAAGAGUAGUCAGAAGGGGGAAAAAGUACAGGAUGGGAAGGAGUUUGAUAAAUAAGGAGGAGCUUAAGUUUGUAUACAGGGUCUGGAGUGGGUAUACGAAGUAUAUAAGGAGUCAGGUCAUGCAAGGAAGAGGAAUAAAUUGAAUCUUUUUAGGGAAGUUUGCUAAAAGAUCGGCUCUUGAAGCUAGUAGGAUCCAAGUAGGAGGUCCGAAGAGAGGAGACCAAUCAUUUACCACAAAUCUGUUUGGAGAAAAUAAAAUUCAAAACAUUGCUACAAGCUCAAUGGGAUACAAAAAGUAUUGAUACUUGCCGUCUCUAGAGUUUCUAGAUGUUGCUUCUUUAACAUUUAAGGAAGAUAUCGAGAACCAAUCUCCUCUGCUCGAUACUAAAUAAAUUAAAAAUGCUACAAAUAAGCUAUUCGGCUAUUGCUGCUGCCUGAAACACAAGAAAAGGAGCCGUGAUGAAUUGUCUAAAAGAAUUCUUUGCGAUUUUGAUCAACCUGAUUAUGCAAGGAAAAGAGAUUUCUCUUGAUCUAAAAAUUGGGACUUUGCAUAUAAUUAAAGAUAAAGUAUUAAUGUUUAGAAACUAUAACCCUGACAUAAAAAUUUAUAAUAGAAGAGAGAGAAGUCACGAUAUCGCUUCGAAGAAAAGCAGUAUUGAAACAUCAGUUGCGACUCCUCUUACUAAUGUUGAAUCAACUCUUUCUUACAGAGGUGCUAGCCAAGAUUUCCCGAAAAUGCAUUCACUAAAUUAUGGAGGUUUCAAAAGAAGUGGCCCUGCUCAUGAGCACAAUGCUGAAGGGAAUAUGAAUGAAGAAGAGAGAAUCUACUUCAGAGAUAAGAAGAACCCAUAUAAUUAUCUGCACAACUUCAUCAGAGAUGAAAGAUUUAGUAUGCAGAGCAAAUUAAACCAGCUAAAAAGAAAUGAAAAGCAGAAAUAUUUCCAUAAUAGAGUAGAUCACAGAAAAGUGCUUUCAUCUACUUUUAGAAGUUCCAAAAGUUUUCUAGACUAUAAGCCUAGUUCUAAACAGAAGGCUGCGAGAGGUGAAUUAUCAACAGAUCAUAAACUGAGCAUGAAUAAAACUAUGAUGUUUACACCAAUGAAGGGCAAUAAAUUCGAGAAGGAUGAGCCUAGUUCAGUGAACGAUAAACUUCCAUCCAGAUUUGUCAUAGAUUACCCCAAAUUCUUAAAACCAGCGAAGUACUAUCCUUACAGAAGGCUUGAAGAGCAUCAUAUUUCAGAUGUCCUUUCUGAUGCAAGGAAACGUCAUGAGCAAGAAAUUCUAGGUAAGAAGAAAGAAGAGGAGAAGUACUCAGACAUGUUUAAGAAAUCAGUUGAGGAUAACAAGAAGAGAAUCCAUGAUCUUGACAACAAUCGUAAGAAAUUGUAUGAAGAUCAUAAAAAAUCCUUGCAGGAGCAAAUUCUCCAGAAAAGGUUAAUAAGUGCAAUGGAAGAACAGGAAAGAAAAAGAUAUUUUAAAACUAACUAUGGUCCUGAAGAAACAGAGAUCAGAGCAAAGCACCAAUUAGAUAAGGUAUCUCAAGAGAAAGACUUCAUGAAGAGAGAGCUUCUGAGUCAGAUCCAGAGCAAGAGACAGAAAACCAUGAACAGAAUCGUCAAAGAAAGAGCAGAAGAUAAGAUGGCACUAGAGAUUAUAGCUAAUAUUGAGUAGAUUAAAUCAAUAAUA